AUGAACCUACUGCUCCACCCGGACGUCCUCUCCAAGUUCGGUUUACUUGCCUCGCAGCAAUUAUUACAGUGUAUCGCGUCUCUAUUCUCUAUGAUUUACGGCUCACUCCAGUCAACCCAAUCUCCUGACAUCAUCAUCCACGACGAAAUGCUUAUCAAAGUCCGAACGCUUACGGGCAAGGAAAUUGAGCUCGAUAUCGAGAACGAGUAUAAGGUAUCGCAAAUCAAGGAGAGAGUAGAGGAGAAGGAGGGAAUUCCCCCUGUCCAGCAGCGACUCAUCUAUGGCGGUAAGCAAAUGGUUGAUGACAAGUCGGCAUCUGAGUAUGGACUUGAGGCGGGGGCGACGCUGCACCUAGUCCUUGCCCUACGGGGUGGCUUCACUCUCGACGAUACGGUGUUGCUAGCUUCGAUCGGUGGCAUCACUUGCCAGGCUCAGACACCAGCAUUGCAACCAGUGCUGAUACAUAUGUACGUUGCGUGUCGGCGAGGAGACCACUUUGGCGCGCCUAUGAUCGACAUGCUGCAUGUCUGCCUGCAACUAUCCAUCCCGUGA